CUACAAUGUCCGCUUUCACUUCGAAACGGUUAUUCACAACUCUUUUUCCUGCAUCAUCAAGACUAACACUGCCUCGCUAUAUUAAAAGAUGUCCUUUUAUUUUACAACAAACUCUAUUUAAGUCAACGAUCGUUGGUUCAAAAGCUGCUGAUAUUGAUCAUAAAAGAGUUCAGGUCAAAUUAUCAGAAUCUUUAAAACCUCUUAUUCCAAGCAAGGAUCUUGUAUUUGGACGAAACUUUACAGAUCAUAUGCUAACAGUCGAAUGGAAUGAUAAAGAUGGGUGGUCAGAUCCAAUUAUCCAGCCUUACGGCAAAAUUUCACUUGAACCUAGUGCUAUG